AGCUAGAGCUAGAGAGCUAGCUACGACGAUGAAUCAACGAGUAGAAUCAGCUGCUACUCUCUUCCUACUAAUAAUCUUCAUCAACUGUAGAGUCAAUGCGGAAAUAGCCAACCCUUUCAUUUCACUGCUAGAAACCCAACCAGAUCAGCAAACUCCCUCUUCCUCCUCUAUCCCUCCUGUCCCAUCAUCUCCUGUGUUUCCAGUCUUUACCAGAGUCCUGAAUGCCUUCCCUCCCAGUGAGGUGGAUGGUAGCCAUGUCUCAGUUGUUCUAGAUGAGGACAAAAUUGAGGGGGUGGCCUACGGUAGGGUCCUCGAGAAAGAGACUAUGAUACGAGCUGUUGAAGACUUUGUCAUUGACUUCAAGAAUCCAAACAAUGGAGCUGUGGUGGACUAUGGAGUGGCAGAGUACGGCUACAUUGAAGGAGAGGUGGGGAUGGGAGACGAGGUGGUGGUGAUUGUGAGGAGGAGCCAGACACACCCUCACCAGCCUGCCCACGACAUCAAGGAAUUCCCAACGGGAGAUUUGAGCAGUGACACCAGCAAAGUCUACCUCUAUAAUGCCGUUUGGAACAACAACACUAACCUCCCAGGUAUGAAUUUCUACAAGGUUAACGGAAGAACGGGCAAGCUGAUCGUGUUGACAACUGGCUUACAGAUGGGGGAAAGUUAUGAAAUUACCAUAUCCCCUGGGAAACCUAUAAUCAUCAAGGCAUCACAUGCUGAUCUGACUGUCAUCCAUGAUCCAGAAGUAGCUCACACGACUGAGAUCGAACUCGUCACGGUCCCUGGCAAGAGGCACUAUGUGGUAGUUCUGGGGGACCAGUCCAGUGGAGACACUAGGGCAGUGGUCAUGGGACCAACAGCUGCCACUCUCAGUGGACAAGUGUCUUCUAGCCCCUCACAUACUGGUUUUCUCUUCAGCUUACUACUGGCACUUUCAAUGGUCACAUAUAAACAUUAACAGCAUGUAUGUAGCUACUUAAAAACAGCAAAUUCACUAUCUAACCAAAGUUUCAAAAUAGAAACUAAAUCCUAUCUCGCAAAUCAUAGGAGACCUAGUGUGAGGCUGAAGGUUGGGCCAGUUGACUCUGUAAUCUCUCAUUCUGCUCCACUAUCUUAUUCAGUUGUUUCCCCAUAUUCUUGUUCUGUUCUUCCAUCACCUGAAGUCGCCUGUCCAUAUUCCUGAUCAUGUUACUCAUCCAUUCCUUCUUUUGAACUCUCCUCCUCCACUGGUAGAUGUUCCCACCCACACACAACAGGCUGACGAUUCCAGUUGAAAUAUACAGGUAGGCCCAUACAAAAUCUAAAGUAUACCAUGCACACAAAGCCACUCUGAAGAAGCCCCAAUAUAACAACUCUGGUCCUAGUAACUUGUAAACUACAGCCACUGUAGUCUGCAGUGUAACAGCGUUAAUAACGGCAGUGAAGAUGUUGUUGGAGAUUUUCCAUAAGAGGUAGUGCAGUAUAAGACAGAAGAUGAUGAUUCCAGCCAUCAACAUCCAUAUCUUUGCAGCCUUCCUGACCUUCCAUAACACCGUAGAAUCUGUGCACAAAAAAACACACAAUGACCUUUAG